AAUUUAUGGACUCAAACUUUUUUGAAGAUGAGUAAUUCAAUAAUAAUACUUGGGAUGAAUACUCUGACUAAAUGGUUUGUCCAUCACCUCUUUUGCUUGGGCAUCCAAAAAUUAAAAAGUUUAAUGACCAAGAUGAACUUUCAAUCAUUCAUCUAUAAUAUCAUACUGAUACAAUGGAUGAUGAUUAUAGUCAACUAAACUAACCUUCUUCAACCAAUUAAACUCCUAUCAAAAAAAAACUUACCAAGAAUCAUAAGAGAACUUCUCUUAAAAAAAAUAAGAAUCACUCUUCCGUAAACUCAGCACUUAGUGACUUUGUUUCCUAUGUCAAUCUUACAGAAGAUAAUACUACACAAUAAAUUCAUUAUUGUUAAUAAAUGAAACAACUUAUUGAUAAUCUAGAAGGAAUCCUUUCAACUAUCAAAUCACAAAUUUUAAACUAGUACCAAAAGUAAAUAAAUUAGAAAAAUUGA